CGUCUCCCGUCUCUACUUCCUGGUUAGGUUUAUUUACGUUUUUCAUCUAUUGUUGACCAUGGCAGCGGAGGGGGACUUUCUGAUGAGAUAUCGUGCUGUAUCAAAUAAAUUGAAAAAACGUUUUCUUCGGAAACCCAAUGUAGCAGAAGCAAGUGAGCAGUUUGGUCAGUUGGCUAAAGAGCUGAAGCAGCAAGACUGUCUUCAGUAUGCAGCCUUCUGUGACCUUGCAAUGGCAAGGUGUGAGCAGACUCUUUUCAAUGCUCCUGGGGAGGCCCUGGCCCUGACCGAUGCUGCCCGGCUCUUCCUGCUCUCUGAGAAGGAGAACAGAGCACUACAAGCCCCAGGCUUCGACGAGCACCUGCAGGCCGCACUCAACUGCUACAGCUUUGCCAUCAAGGUUUACAUUGAGAUGAACCAGCCUGUCAUGGCCGCCAGUCUAUCUCUGGAACUUGGCAAUGCCCUCAAGGAGAUGAACAGACCAGGUGAGGCCAUAGUUCACUACCAGAGAGCAGCAGAACUACAGACACAGCAGCCCAUUGAGUCUCUGCUGUCUAUGGGAGAGAUGGCCACCUGCAAAAUACUCACCCGUGACUAUGACGGCGCGCUGGCCGUGCUUACAGAGAUGCAGCUGAUGUGUCAGGAGAGGGGACUGCAACUGCCCGGCACCAGCACCCCCGUUGGUGCAUUUCUGGACAUUGUGGCCAAGUGUGAGAUUUCCAGAGUACUUUUGCUGAUGCUGCUUGAGCCUCCUCCCCAGAAGUUGUUGCCAGAGCAUGCCCAGACCCUGGAGAGAUACGCCUGGGAGUCGUUUGACCCUCAUAGUCAGGUGACUUUCCUACCUGAGAAUGUAUUCCUGCUCCUGCAGUCAGUUGUGAUGGCCUGCCAGGAAAAAGACACAGAGUCCCUCAAGUCUCUUCAACCUGAACUCUGGCCUCUUCUAUCAGCAGAGCAGAACCACCUCCUUCACCUGGUGGUGCAAGAGCGGAUCACCCCCUCUGGACAGGGGAUUUAGUACAGUCCAGAUCAACUCACUACACCCCCUCGGAAUGACACAAAAUGGAACAUUCCUGUCUCUGUCUUGGUCUGUUGUAGGGCCUCUUGAAUAAUGUUUUGGUGGGGUUGCAUUCACAAACACAUGUUGCGUCUUUUCUAAAAAUGUGGGAACCGGACCAAGCAUGUCAUUGUGAAGGACAUACUGUACAUCUUACUGCAUCCCCUGUUAUGCCUAUUAGUGGUCGCAGGAUUGCUCUCGUGGUGAAGUCUUGCAUCAAAUAGUUAUUUAUUGGAAAUAUGUUGAAUAGAUGAAAUAUGAAUGAAAAAUAUGCUUUUUUUGUAGCGUUUUUAUUUUGUUAAUAAAUUGUAUAGUCUGAACACACAUGGCUUAAAUUCCAAUGUAAUUACAAAACAGAAUCCCUCUACUGCAUUAUAAUAAAUGGUGAUAUUACAUA